UUAUGUCGGCAUUAUAUCAACGAUUUUUGAAAGUACUUGAAAAGUGGCCGGCAGACAAAUCAAAAGUGGGCAGGGAUCUUGGUGAACAGAUUAGAAAGCAAGUAACAAAUCUCUCGAAUCCUGCAGCUUUAACAGCAGACGUUACUGCCCAAAUUACCAAACAAAUCGAUUCCAUUGAGCGUUUAGCCAAUAACACAUACGGUCGUAAAUAUAAACGUGUCUACGAUUCAACAGCCACAGGUUUGUCGGCCCAGCAGUGUAAUCAAGUUUUAUCGUCCGAGUUUUUGCAAUACCUCAACGAAGAUAGCAAAAAGAAAAAUUAAAAAAUAAUCACCCCAAAAAAUA